AUGGAGACGGGGAUGGAGACGGAGAUGGAGACGGGGAUGGAGACGGAGAUGGAGACGGGGAUGGAGACGGAGAUGGAGACGCAGCCCGCCGCACUGCGCGGCGGGUCUCGUAACGAAGCCAGCGGGGGAUUGUAUGAGAGCGCGUGGAGCCGGGGACGCUGGGGGGUUGCUUGGUUCGCUGUGGUUUGCUGUUUUGUACUGGGUGGGUGCAGUGUGCUGGCUUUGUCGGUGCUGGCCGGGCUGAGGUGGGCGUUGGAUUGGUUGUUGGGCUGGGAUGGAGGUGGUCAUGCUUUGGGACUGGUGGUGAUGGUGUUCGUACGUGUACGGGUCUGGUGUUGCUGGUUUUUGAUUGCUGGUUUGGUCUGUGGUUGCUGGUCUGUAGUUACUGAUCUGCAGCAAAGGCCUCUAACUAGCUACAGGAGUCUACUUAGACGUCCCGCAGGGCAACAACGUGGGAUUUGACUAAUAAUAGGAUCGUUUGUUAAUUGCUACUAUGGCACGUAGCUACGCCGUGUAAUCUGUUCCAUGGUUGUAAGGGUCUACCCAAAUCGCCAACGAUUAUACUUGCUCGUUGCAAGUCACCUAUCUGCUUCGAUCUGCAGCAUCCAAGUGCAGGCAAUGUUCCACCUCGGCUUCCGGAAAGUCGAUUGGACAAGACAGCUUUGAAUCGUGGUGUCGGGUCCAUUCCAAGGUGGCGAUGCUGGACCAAUUCCAUUGUUACCUUCCUAUAGAGCGCAUGCGUGAUGGAGCACCUUCCGUCGCAGCGUGCCAAAAUCGCGGAUCGGAGCGUUGCAACAGACUAAGUUGAAUUUGGCUGUUGCUGUCACGUACAAGGUAAAGCCGGCAUUGACGUAGCAAGACAAACUGCUUAAUUUAGUUCUGUUCACUUCGCUUGCCAGAUUUUGCACUGCCAUCUUUCAAAUCUCCGGGU